CUUCUCUGGUACGCGGGACUCUAGCUGCUGGGACCGAAUCCAGCCGGUGUUGCAGGUGGGAUGGCGUCCGAAGCGCAGUCCCUGCUGGGUCGGGACCGAGGCGGUGGCCAGGCACACUCUGGCCCUGAUGCCAGUCAGGAGCUCUGCAUAAACCAGGCUGUGGUCUUCAUUGAAGAUGCCAUAAUGUACCGCUCCAUCUACCACCGCAUGGAUGCUGGCUCGUUGUGGCUUUACCGCUGGUAUUACUCAGAGGUGUGCCAACGAGUGCUGGACUUCACCAUUUUCUUGAUCCUGGCCUUGGCUUUUGUGGAGGUCCCGUCUUCAUUCACCAGAACCGCAGACGUGCGCUACCGCUCCCAGCCCUGGCAGCCGCCCUGUGGCCUGACCGAAACAGUCGAGGCGCUCUGCAUGCUGGUCUUCCUGGCUGACCUCUCUGUGAAGGGCUACCUGGUGGGGCAGGCCCAGUGGCAGCAGAACCUGUGGCUGUUGGCCUACUUUGUGGUGCUGGUUGUGUCCGCGGUGGACUGGACUGUUUCUCUGAGCCGUGCUUGUGAGGAGCCCCUGCGGGUGCGCCGGGCACUCCGCCCCUUCUUCCUGCUCCAGAAUUCCACCAUGAUGAAGAAGACCCUGAAGUGUCUACGGUCGUCACUGCCAGAAAUGGCCAGAGUCGGGCUGAUGCUGGCCAGCCACCUGUGUCUCUUCACCAUAAUCGGGAUGCUGCUAUUUACCAUCGGCGAGAGGGAUGAAGCACCAAACAAGGAGAGGCUGGCCUACUUCCAGAACCUUCCAGAGGCACUGACCUCACUCCUAGUGCUGCUGACUACUUCCAACAACCCUGAUGUGAUGAUCCCUGCGUAUAGCCAGAACCGGGCCUAUGCUCUCUUCUUCAUAAUCUUCACCUUGAUAGGAAGCUUGUUUCUGAUGAACCUGCUGACGGCCAUCAUCUACAAUCAGUUCCGUGGCUACCUGAUGAAAUCUCUACAGACCUCGCUGUUCCGGCGGCGGCUGGGGGUCCGAGCGGCCUAUGAAGUCCUGGCCUCCAAGGCAGGGCCGGCUGGAGCCACCCCUGAGGCAGUUGGGGUAAAUCCCGAGGACUUUCUGCGAGUGCUUGAGAAAACCCAGCUGCGCAGAAUCCACAAACAGGCCAUCAUGCAGAAGGUGCACUUGUGUGAAGGCCGCCCGAUGCUGGCUGAUGAGUUCCAAAAACUCUUCGAUGAGGUUGACAAAGGUGUGAUCAAAGAGCACCCGCCGAAACCCCAGUACCGGUCCGCGUUUCUGCGGGGGGCCCAGUUCCUCUUCAGCCACCGCUACUUCGACUACCUGGGGAACCUCGUCACUCUGGGCAACCUUUUGUCUAUUUGUGUGUUCCUGGUGAUGGAUUCGGACCUGCUGCCCGGGGAACGUGAUGACUUUGUCCUGGGGAUUCUUGACUACGUCUUUGUCUUGUACUACCUGGUGGAGAUGCUGCUCAAGGUGUUCGCACUGGGCCUGCGGGGCUACCUGUCUAACCGCAGCAACGCGUUUGAUGGCUUCCUCACCAUCAUCAUGCUGGUUUUGGAGAUUUCCACUCUGGCCGUGUACCCAUUGCCGCACUCAGGACGGAAGCCCGAGCGGCAUGGCCCACUGUCCCUGUGGGACAUGACACGGCUGGUGAACAUACUGACCGUACUUCGCUUCUUGCGCAUCGUCCUGAAUGUGAAGCCAAUGGCCUUGGUAGCCAGCACCAUCCUGGGCCUGAUCCAGAACUUGAAGGCGUUUGGUGGGAUCCUGGUGGUGGCAUACUAUGUGUUUGCCAUAAUUGGGAUCGACCUGUUCCGAGGCAUCAUUGUGCCUCCUGGAAACAGCAGCCUGGCUGCUGAUAACAGCUCAGCUCCAUGUGGGAGCUUCGAGCAGCUAGGCUACUGGCCCAACAACUUUGACGACUUUGCUGCUGCUGUGAUCACGCUGUGGAACGUGAUGGUGCUGAACAACUGGCAGGUGUUACUGGAUGCCUAUUGGCGCUACUCUGGCCCGUGGUCAACAGUGUACUUUGUGCUGUGGUGGUUGGUGUCCUGUGUCAUCUGGGUCAACCUGUUUCUGGCUCUGCUUCUGGAGAACUUUCUCCACAGAUGGGACCCCCAAGGUGGUGAGAAGCUCCUUAUCGGGACCCGCCAGAUCACCUACCACAUGUCCGUGGAGCUCAUGUUCAGGGAUAUCCUAGAAGAGCCCAAGGAGGAGGAACUGAUGGAGAAGCUGAACGAGCACCCGCACUUGAAGCUCUGCAGGUGACAUCAGGGUGACCUCCCAGCCGGGGUGGCAGGACAGAGAUGCUGGCCUGGGCCCAUACUGUGCAGGCAGCAGCUGGUAGAUACCAAGCAAGUGAAGAUGGUGCCUGGGACAGACCGCUCAGGGACAGACGGAGGCCAAGACAAGGACUCAGCCUCGGUGGGGGCUCAGCAGGAGCCACUGUGCAGUCGCUGUGACGUUGGCAGACCGAUGGUUGGCACAGUGGGGCAGCAUCCCUCCGUUCGCUCUUCCAAGCUGCCUUGGUAAGACUUGCUAAGGAGAGAGAGUGAUUGAUUUCCAAGGGACCUCACAGCUGGGAGGCAAGAAGGCCUCAGCUCCCCUUGUUGCCCACAGCUUAUCAGUGCCCCUCAGUGGCCUUUGUGAGUCCAACCUGUACAGGACCCGUGGAGGAUAGCCAGCAGGUUUCCAGGACUUUGGGGUUGGUGUCACCUGUGGAGAAUGUCACCUCUUUGUUUUGGUGUCCGUGAAUGUGAUGGGGUGUGCCUGGGGGGGGGUCACAAUGCCAGUCACUUCCUGUUUUUAUAAAGAAUGAGAUGUCCUUGCUCUGA